UCGAUAGAUCUUUAAUAACGCACAAAGUAGCCACCGCUCUCGGGUAGGAUUAAAGCAUUCAAGUGGAGUUAAACUCGUUGACACUCUUGCGUAGUGGUACGAAUCCAGUGGAACUAUCUGGAAACAGAAAUCCGAAUGGAAGCGGUAUCACACCACGAGGCGUACAUACGCUGCUCGUGGGCUUUCCGGUUUGUAUGCCUGGCGCUCCCGUUAAUCAUCCAUCUGCAGGCAACGAGCCCGCUAGACUACGUGCACGGGAAGGCAAGUUCCGUUGCCAUGGAACCCGAUAUUGCUUCCGCCAUAUUCGUCAUCAGCGCCAGCCUAGCGAUAAGCCGCGUCCUCGCAAAGGCCAUACCUUUCUACACGGACGAACAGCAGCGGGGCGAGGAAGAAGAUGCGGAACGGAGGAGAAAGCCAACAUUAAAGGUUGAAACCAUGAUGAUUUGUCUGAUAAUGGUUCUUGGUAAUAUUGUGUGUUGUGACUUUGCACUGCGGUUAGUGUGGAUCCCGGUACAGUAUCUGUUGUGGUGGAUCUGCAAGCACAAACUUUUGACACUGGUGGUGAAGACGGUUUUAUUUUUUGUUAAAGAUUUUACAGCCUUUCGCCCGUACUAUUUGAAGGCGUUGGCUAAUUCGAGCUCUAGAAGAGGAUUCCAGUUUCUACGUCUUGUGACCGCUCUGAAAAUUCUUCACUCGGUUGUAGCUCGGCUAGAAGAAUAUCCGAAGCAGAUCGCACUUCGUGACAGAAGUUAUCCUCCAGCCCCAUCCGUCGUUGCCGAACCGGAAGGCACGGAGGAGGCAAAUGUUUCUGAAAAAGUAACUAGCAAACCACCCCCGACGUCCUAAAUGACUUCCCUCAAGUCGCUCAUUCUUGCGCUGGCGGUUCAUUUGGGGCACAAAAUUCCAGUAUUCGUAUGGUGUAAGCCGCCGUGGACGUGCAAGUCGACCUACUGCCGAGUUCGGAGAUUUUUAAUCGUAUCUUCGAGCAUCAUAUGGCUUUCGAAGCUGACGAUCUUUUCGGCCAAAUAUCGGCGGCAGCUUCCGACGUACGUCCAGGUUGUAGUCGAAACCUUGCUAAAUUUGGCCAUUAUUGAAGGCGCUCAAGUGCUGGUCUGGUGCGCUCUGGAGCAUCACAUCUCUAAAGUCAUAUCGGCACUGCAAACUGUCAACCUCUAUCAGGAUGCGGGUGGAGACAUCCUGAUGGAGGUGCUGCUCACCGUCCUAGCUUUCGCGACCGCGUUCUUUAGCACCACCGGGACGGGUUAUUGGACGCAAACGGUGCGCUGGACGGGUCGGAAGUGGAGUGCUUUCAUGUCGACAAUUUUUGGCCCCAAACCGGAUCUCACGGGGCACAUUGACAACUCAUUAGCGCUAGGGAUGGCACAGGAGCUUAUGCUAGCUCAAAAUGAAGAAGGAUACGUACCGCCGAAAAGAAGUAGAAAUCGAAGGACUAGAUCUGUGUCGCGAUUACGUCCAAGACGCACCAUUCGUACAAGAUCAAUGUCGAGAAUGGGCAGAUAAGGGAUUGAAUGAUGAUUUUGUUUCCAAAUAAAUAAACCGUUUCAGUUUGUUUCA